UGAAGACCAAUCACAGAGCUCGUAGAUGGAAGGCAGUAUGUUUGAGACUAUGCAGGCAGGAGGUGUUUGAAGAACCAUGUCAGCUCCUCUGGUGAUGUAAAGAAGGAUCCCUUUCGCUUUUAUUUUUAUUCUUCCAAACACUGGAGAUCAUGUGAAUUCUAACUUACUACUUCGGAGAUUUUUUUAAACGAACGAUGCGUUGGACUUAAGUGUGGAUUUUUUCCCAGGUUUUCAUCGCUGUCCGACAGAACUCAUGAAACCCUCUUCAGAGCGACGGUUUAUGGACUCCCGUUUUAGCUAAUGAUGUCUGUGGGUUUCAUGCCUGACAGUCUGAAUGGCUCGGAUCCCUCCAAAUCUGCCUUUCUGGAAUUUAGCCAUGGACAUCCGGCGCAUCAGCAGCACUCUCCCGGACUCUCUCAUAUUUACCCCGUCCAUGGCUUGCACGCUGCUGGGCAUUCCCAGCACGAAAGUCCUUUUCCCGGCAACACGUCCUACGGCCGCUCUUUGGGCUACGCCUACCCAGGCGCGAUGAACCCUCAUCCCCCGUCUGCUUACAUGCCCUACCAGCACAGCAAUCACAGCAACAGCAGCAGUUUGGCCCACAGCAGAUUAGAGCAGACAGACCGCGACAGGUCCACUGUGAUUGAAAGCAGGGACCUUCGACUAAAUGGCAAGGGGAAGAAACUCCGGAAGCCUCGGACCAUCUACUCCAGCCUGCAGCUGCAGGCUCUGCACCAGCGCUUCCAGCAGACCCAGUACCUGGCCUUACCGGAGCGCGCUGACUUGGCGGCGAAGCUGGGGCUCACCCAGACUCAGGUGAAAAUAUGGUUUCAAAAUAAGCGCUCCAAGUAUAAAAAGAUCAUGAAGCAUGGCAGCGGAUCAGAGGGAGAACAUCUCCACGGCACCAGCUCGCUGUCUCCCUGCUCGCCCGCGUUGCCUCAGCUAUGGGAGGUCUCCAUGGCGAACAAAGGAGCCCCAGUGCACCCGAACAAUUACAUGAACAGUUUCGGCCACUGGUAUCCGAACCACCACCCUCACCAGGACGCGAUGCCCAGGCCUCAGAUGAUGUGAGUGGAUUGUUUUUGGUGUUCGCAGGCCGGUUGCUUGGCCUUUAUGAGGCGCACGUCAGCCUACACUAAACCAUUUGAGGCCUCCUUUCAGAACUGAACUGAGUUUGAAAGCGUGUUUAUCAGACCUUCUUCACUGUAUUUCGUGUGCGUUUUGAAUCCAGUUUUUACUGCAAAAUUCAACCAGGCAUCAAAUUGUUGUUGUUGUAGUUGUUGUUGUUUUUUUUUUUUUUUUUUUGUUUUUUUUUUUUUUUUUUAGGUUUCUUAUGUCGCUGCAACCUCUGUUGCGCGACCUCUCUGAACUGUGUGUGUUUGAUAAGACAUUCUGGAUAAAAGAGCUUUAAGAAAUA